GGCCUCGGCUGUCAAUCACCGGGUUCUGGCCGUGAUUCCCCACCGGCACCCGGUGAUCACAGUGUACCACGGAUGGGGAGAGACCUGUAUGUAAACAAUACAGAUCUCUCCCCUGUCAGCUCCUGCACACUGCUCUGUAUGGCUCUGCAUAGCAGAGCCAGUGUAAAGCACACACACAGCACACAGUGAAACAGCACACAGUUAACCCAUUGAUUUCCCCAGAUGUUAACCCCUUCCUGCCCAGUGUCAUUAGUACAGCGUCAUUGCUUUUUAUUAGCAGUGAUCACUGUAUUGGUGUUACUGGGGAUGUCAGUGACAGUUAACCAGUUCCUCUUCCCAGUGUCAGAAUGCCCACUGCAGCCCCGCAGUCCCACUAUAAGUCACUAA